AUGCCAUUAAAAAGUUCAAAAUAAUUUGAAAAUUUUAGAAAUCCAUAAAAUUAAAGGAACAAUGAUUAAUACAUUACGCUCUCUAAAUUGAAUUCUAACUUAUAGUAUUUUUUCUAAAUUCUUUCUUUUAUUGAUGAUUAUUAUAUUUCUUAUGGAAAUGCAACCCUUUUUUUGGAUUCGAUUUUAAUUGAAUUCAAAAACUUGAUAAAGAUAGAUAAUAAUGCAAAAUUAUUUCUUUCAAUGAACUGUUAGAUUCGCGACAGUAUUACAAACGAGGGAAAUUUAAAAUUUUCUUGGCAAUAUUCAAUUUUGAGUCAUAUUGUAAUAAAUUUGGAAAGUUUUUCAAUUUAAUUUAUACCAUAAAAGUUUCUCAGAAAUGGAAUAGAUCAAGAUUUUGUAACAUUAGAAUUUUAUAAUAAGCAUGUUCUUAUUUUAAAAUCAUUCUAAAAUGUAACUUACUUUUAUGAUUUGUAUUAAGAUUAAAAAAUUUAUGAUUAUGUCGAAAGACUUAAUUAAAAUAAUUAUCAUUAUUUUCCUUUUAAUAUACUUAAGGUCUUUUUAAUUUCUAUUAUACUACUCACUUCGUUAUUUUUUCUGCAAACACUGGGUAAAUAUAACUAGGUGAAAUUGGUUAUAAA